AUGAUAUCCUUAACCGAUUCAAGUUAUGCAGAUCUAAUGAUUGCUAAAUUUGAUGUCGAAAAGACUCUUGCUUUUUGGACACCAGAAAGAAUAAAAAGCGCCAAACCAUUAACACCCAAAGACAUUGGAUUUAGGAAUAAAACAAGUAGGGUUAAAAAUUCAAAAGUUAAAAGGGACGAUUAUCCAUCACUUAAAGAACCUUUUGACAAUCCUGAUAAUCAACGGAAUUAUCCCGUUGGACUUUUAUCAAUAACUGACCCUGAUACUGGGGCUUUAACAACUUGUACUGCCAGUGUAUUCAAUACUGAUAAUGGAAAUAUUGGAAUAACCGCAGGGCAUUGUAUUUUUAAUAAUAACGGUCGACAAUAUGAGAAUUUAAUGUUUAGUCCUGGGUUUGACAUCGGAGCUCCUGGUCCACUUGGAUCUCUUGCUGUAGAUAUUGCUGCAGCACCAGCCGAAUAUAAUGAUGAUCCUGUUGCUUACGAUUAUGGAAUGUUUAGAGUUAAUUUUGAUAAUGGUGGCAAUAGAUUACAAGAUCUUACGGGAGCUAAUGGUUGGUUAUUAAAUCCAACUCAGGAUAAUCUUAUAACAACUGUAUUUGGUUAUCCACAAAGCGGUGAUAUGCCAAAUUGUCCAAACGAUGGAUUACACCUCUGUGUUAUUGUAGGAAAUGUAGUAGUAAGUGAUGAUGAAUCUGUCAUGCCUAACGUGGACUUAGGAGCUGGUUCAAGCGGUGCUCCUUGGAUAAUUAACUAUAAUGCCGACAGGAAUUUAGGUUAUAUGUAUGGUAACGAAGCAUUUUAUAAUGUCGAAGAUAACCAAAGUGAAUCACCUCGUUAUGAUCCCGAAACUUUCAAUGAUUUAGUGGAAUAUGUUUCAGAUAAUUAA